AUGGCCUUCAACUUCAACUGGUCGCCGCUCACGGCCGACGCCGAGUUCUAUAAGCGAGCUCAGGAGCUCCUCACGGACGCACUCAAUAAAUCUCCGAAGCCCCCCAUAAUUGUCGAUGAUAUCCUCGUUACCGAGUUCAACCUCGGAUCCGUACCGCCGGAUCUGGAGAUUCUAGAGAUUGGGGACUUGGCCGAGGAUAGGUUUCGCGGCAUCUUCAAGAUGUGUUAUUCGGGUGAUGCCUUCUUGACAUUGCGGACAAGAGUUCAAGCAAAUCCCUUGAAUACGUAUCUCUCAGCUAAGCCGACCUUCACGUCACCGCAACCAUUAGCGGCUGCAUCAAGUCUUACGAUACCUUUAUCUAUUACUUUAUCUGAGAUUAAGCUAUCUGCUUUUAUUAUUUUGGUUUUUUCGAAGCAAAAAGGUCUUACCUUAGUCUUUCGAAAUGAUCCUCUUGAAUCACUCAAGGUCUCUUCGACCUUUGACUCAAUCCAGUUCGUUCGAGACUACCUUCAGAGAACCAUUGAAGGAAAGUUAAGAACUUUAAUGAUGGAUGAGUUACCAGCUAUAAUUCAUAAGCUCUCUCUACGGCUUUGGUGUCCCGAUCAAUUACCGAGAGAAGAAGUCGUGCCGAAAGAAGAGGCCGAAGAUGAAGCUGUCAUUGACCCCUUUACCAAUCUACCUGCGGAAGCAGUUGAUUCAAAUGGACAUGUACUUGAUCCUAGUGAGAUUGCAUCGAUAUCUAUGGACGGUGGUCCGGAGAUGCAGUCGCUCUUCUCUCAGAAGAAUCUGUUGAGAUUAGCAGCUCUUACCGACUCCCAUCGGACAUUAUCGCUUUUCACACCUGGAAUUCGUGAUGCCUUGUUCAGAGCUUGGGCAGGGUCGAUGGACCGCAGUGAUACCGGUUACUCAACGCCGAACCCAAUGAUGCCUAGUCUAAUGCGAACGCAUUCCGUGCAAGGAAGUAGUACAACCUACACGUUUACCGAUUCAAGCAGCUUGGAUCAGGGCAGUAUACCCUCCCGGCCAUCUUUAACUAGUCUUCACUCGGCUACCACCGGUCUAGCUCUUGGCGCCGGUCGGCAUUCAAGAAGCUCGCGCAAGAAGAAGACUCGCGUGGUUAACUUGCGCCGCAGUGGAGCCGGAGAUGAGACGAGUACCGAAGCUAGUGAGUCUGUAUCGGACGCUACGUCGAUUGCUGGUCCAUUCUCGGAACCCAUCUUGCCGACUUCAAUACCAGAAGAUCCCGAAGAAGAGCCAGCAGAUGAAGAACCGUAUUCAGGUAAUAUUCGAUUCAGGCCCGAGAAGGAAUUACCAUCUCGUCCGCCCCUGGACAUGGAUAUGUUCAAAAAUCCAGCUGUCACUGAGGAUGCUUCCGUAGCAUCGGCGGAGAACGUGUCAGUAGAGAACAAUGCGAGUAGUACUCCAGUCCGGCGCCAGGAAAAGAUUUUAGAAGCCCUCGCUUCGUCUUCCAGGAGCCCAUUUAAUCUAGAACGACGUCGGCCGAUGAGUUCUGAUUCCUCAUCGGUGAUCCUCGAGCAGGCUUGGAUCAUGAAGAUGGCAGGCGAGAUUGCGCGUCGUGUAUAUGACGAGAAGCAGCGAAACGAAAACUUUUGGGCGGAGGCGGAAGACACUCCACCCCCCGCAUACCAAGCGACACAAUAA